GCCGGGGCUGGAAACCCGGCGGACUGGUGGCGAGAGCGUCAGGAGCGGAUUCCGCCUCCCUUAAGCACUGGGGGGCGGGGAAGGGAGGGGGGCCGGGCCAGCAGCAGGGACCAAGCCGCGAAGACAGCAGGCUGAGGCGAUGGAAGGCGACGGGCUGCCGUGGGUCAGCGAGCCCGUCUCGGGUCCCGGUCCUGGAGGCGGCGGAAUGAUCCGCGAGUUGUGCCGGGGCUUCGGUCGGUACCGCCGCUACCUGGGACGGCUGAGGCAAAAUCUACGCGAAACCCAGAAGUUCUUCCGCGACAUCAAGUGCUCCCACCACCACAGUUGUCCCUCCUCCCCCACGGGCGGCGGUGGUGGCGGGGCCGAGCCCGAGCCCGGUCCUGGCGGCGAUGUCGCCGAAACCGGGCUGCAGGCGGGCCAGCUGAGUUGCAUUUCCUUCCCACCUAAGGAAGAGAAGUACCUCCAGCAGAUUGUGGACUGCCUCCCUUGCAUAUUGAUCCUCGGCCAGGACUGUAAUGUCAAGUGUCAGUUGUUGAACCAGCUGUUGGGGGUGCAGGUGCUUCCCACCAGCAAGCUGGACAGUGAAAAGAACUGUAAGCUUCGGCGCCUCCACUUCAUCUAUGGGACUCAGACUCGGGUCAGCCUGGCACUCCCUGGACAGUAUGAACUAUUGCACACACUGGCUGCUCAUCAGGGCAACUGGGAGACUAUCCCUGAGGAGGACUUGGAGGUCCAAGAGGACAGUGAGGACACUGCUCAUGUUUUAGCUGAACUGGAGGUGACAAUGCACCAUGCCCUCUUACAGGAAGUGGACAUUGUGGUGGCACCAUGCCAAGGCCUCCGACCUGCAGUGGAUGUUUUGAGUGACUUGGCGAAUGAUUUCUUGCCUGUGAUAAUCUAUGCACUCCACAAAGGUGAACUGUCUGAGAGGGAUGAGCAAGAGCUUCAGGAAAUCCGGAAGUAUUUCUCCUUCCCCAUGUUCUUCUUCAAAGUGUCAAAGCUGGAGAUAAUAGACUCCUCCACCAGGAGAACAGAGAGUGAAAGGUCACCACUGUAUCGCCAACUGAGUGACCUGGGCUAUCUGAGCAGCAAUCUCUGGAACUGUGGGGCUCCUGGCCAGGACACUAAAGCUCAGAGCAUGUUGGUGGACCAAAGUGAGAAGCUUAGACACUUGAGCACAUUUUCUCACCAGCUGCUACAGACUCGCCUAGUGGAUGCAGCCAAGGCCCUGAACCUGGUGCACUGCCACUGCCUGGACAUCUUUAUUAACCAGGCCUUUGACAUGCAGCGGGACCUGCAGAUUACUCCCAAACGUCUAGAAUAUACUCGAAAAAAGGAGAAUGAGUUGUAUGAGUCACUGAUGAAUAUAGCUAAUCGAAAGCAGGAGGAAAUGAAAGAUAUGAUUGUUGAGACACUUAACACCAUGAAAGAGGAACUUCUGGAUGAUGCUACCAAUAUGGAGUUUAAAG